GCAUUGGGUUGCAUUGAAUAAUCUCUCCUAAGCACGUGCUAUAUGCAUGUGUGACUAGCAAUGCAUUAAUCCCGGCAGCUCAGCUUAUAUACAAAACAAGCACUUCCAAAAGGAAGCAAAGAGAAGUAGGAAACAGAAAACACAGGCAACCUAUUUUGGGUUUGGUGAAAUGGGAAGGACACCGUGUUGUGCUAAAGAAGGACUCAACAGAGGUCCUUGGUCUUCUCAAGAGGAUAAUAUUCUUAUUAACUAUAUUAAAGCUCAUGGAGAUGGCAAAUGGAGAGACCUUCCCAAAAACGCUGGAUUGAAGCGCUGUGGAAAGAGUUGCAGACUUAGAUGGUUGAAUUAUCUCAGGCCAGACAUUAAGAGAGGUAACAUUUCUGUUGAAGAAGAGGAACUCAUUAUCAGACUACAUAGUCUACUCGGUAAUAGGUGGUCCCUUAUUGCUGGAAGGUUACCUGGACGAACAGACAAUGAAAUAAAGAACUACUGGAAUACCAAGUUGGGAAAGAGACUCGAUGGGAAAAAGAAAAGUCGAGGUUCCCAAAAACAACCCCAACAAGAUGACAUUCUCAGAGACAGCAAAAGACCCUCACAGGAUGAACCGAAACAAGUUGCUAAUACGGGAACAUCAAAUCGACUGUUUCGAACAAAAGCAACACGGUGCAGCAAAGUUAUCAUGAUCCCUCAACCGCUGGAUGAUAAUGAUGAUAAUAAUAAUAAUAAUAAUAAUAAUAACAAUAAUAAAACUGGUUAUCUGCUGUUUGAUCCAAAGAGCUCAGAUAACAAGAGGACCCCAUCUUCUCCAAUGUUCCAGGAAGACUACUCGUUGGAUCUUUUGUUGGAUUUGGACAUUGAUGAUCUUCUUUUAUUGGAUCAGACUCAAGAGACGACUAAUGUUUUGUCUCAAGAAAACGUCAACGUUGUUGGUGGAGACAACCAAUAUUAUAACUUCAAUAGCAUUUCGUGUUUGGAUUUUCCAGUUUCAACACUAAAAGCUGAACUCGACCACGUUUUGAUCGAUGAUAAUAAUAACAAUGGUAAAAAUAAUGCUAGUCCUAAAAGUUGGAGCUCCUGUGACCGUUUUGAAGCUAAGGAUUGUUUGGAUAUCAAUAAUUUAACAAGUUUUCCAAGUUUAGAGGACUGGAUUGUAUGACUUCUAGUCUCCAGAUUAUUUGGUCUAGGCAUGAGUGGCUCUAUCUCUGAAUCAAUAAUCCUGAGUCAUUUCAAGCUAGUUGUCGCUUCUGCACCCUUCAAAAUAAUGCAAAUGUUCUUUGUCUA